UUACAUAUUAUCCAGGCGUCUAAAUUCACAUUUGCCCCCGAUCAUUCAGUAUUUUUUUGGAAUUAACCAUCAUCGCAUAGAAAAUUCAAAACUGCUCAGGUCACAAUAUGCAGAUCUAUGUUCAAACACGUGAUGGCAAGAGGACUCCCUUUAAGACCGGCCACUUUGGCACCGCUGGCGAACUGAAGAUCCGCAUCGGUCGCGCGCUGGGCGUCCCCAUGGGCUUCAGUCGAUUGGUCUUCAGGACAAAAAUACUGAAAAACAGCGUACAGCUCGAGGAAGCCGGUGUCAGGCCGCUGUCCACGCUGGAGCUCUAUUGGCAGCCGGUCAUCUGCACCCGGAAGAGGUUCAGCGAACUGGAGCUCAGCGGGGAAUUGAGCGUGCUGGAGGGUCGAACCGGUCACGGCGGCAGGUCGGAGAGCUAUGACCAGAUGUUGAAGAAAGGCGGCACCUCGACCAAGUCGAGGUCGAGCGGCCAGGACCCACGUCUUGGCCGUGCCAGAGGUGCAAAGUUCCCAGCCUCCACCGCCGCUCCCUCCGUUGCUGAGGUCGUGCUGGCGGGCCGCCCGGGAGCCGGCGUUGGGGAGCAGUUCCAGGAGGAUGAUGAGAAGGAGGUGGAAGAGUGCUCUGACCUAUCAGAUGAUGAGCUCGACUUGAUGGCCAUCUUCCGCCGUCAAAAAUCCGAUAUGAAAUCUUUUGACGAGCUACCCUUCAAGGAUGAGCCCCUGGAAGAAAAUACUAGCUUGGACAUUGUUCCGGAAAAGCUGGAGGAGCAAUGAGGACCUAGACAAAUCAAUGAUAAUCCACCCUAAGCUACACCAAUCCAAGGAGCGCACGCUCUAAACAAAAAUAAACAUUCCCAGGAAGUAUAAUAAAUAUAUAUAAAUUCUUUCCAUUUCAAAAUGUACACCUAUACCCGGAUUCCGCAAGGACAUUCAGUUCUCCAUCUUUGUCCAUGCAAAAACAAAGUUGUGCUCAAAAGUUAGGAUAUAAUCAGUCGGAUAUUGAAAUAUCAAAACAUUCUAGCAGUUU